UAAAUUAGCGGUGGACUAGGCGUCUUUUUUAAACAGGACUUCCCUAAUUGACUAAACAGUUAAAGACUAACACCGUCAGACAUGGAUUUGGAAAUGAAGGAGAAGACAGUUGUCGAAGUCGAUGGUGCGAAUUCCGGAGACGGCGGCGGAGAAGACGGAAGCGGCAGUGGAGACGAUUUAUUGUUGGCAGUGGAGAAGACGGAAGCAUGCAGCAAAGACCGAGUUAAAGGGCCCUGGUCACCUGAAGAGGACGCUAUUCUUAGCCGAUUAGUUAGCAAAUUUGGCGCGAGAAAUUGGAGCUUGAUCGCUCGCGGAAUUUCCGGUCGAUCUGGCAAGUCCUGCCGGUUACGUUGGUGUAAUCAGCUUGAUCCAGCUGUAAAGCGCAAACCUUUUACUGAUGAGGAGGAUCGCAUCAUAGCUGCAGCCCAUGCAGUCCAUGGAAACAAAUGGGCUGUAAUUGCAAGGCUUCUACCGGGGAGAACAGAUAAUGCAAUUAAAAACCACUGGAACUCUACUCUAAGACGCAAGAGCACGGUGUGUCAGAGGACGAGGUUGGCAUCUGGAAAUAUGGACCAAGAUGCUUACUUGGACAAAGCCAAAGCAUCAUCUGAAGAAACUAUUUCUUGCGGGGAUGCCAAUUCUUUUAAAUCAUUGGAAGGAAAAGAUGUAAGCUCUCUGGAUAACAUGGAUGAUCAGUGUGAAGAGAAGGUGCCAUCACAGAUUCCAUCAACUAAUGAAGCAAAAGAACUUCCUACUGUUUUCCGUCCCAGGGCACGUUUCAGUGCAUUCAAUGUUUAUAAUCCUGUGGAUGGCCCAGAAGCUGCUUCACCAUGUUUGAGGUCAGUUCCAGUACAUGGACCUAUAGUUCAGACUUCAACAGCAGAUGAUGGGAUUUGUAAAUUGCUUGAUGGGGCUUACUGUGAGCAGAUGGUUCCUCACCAUUGUGGCCAUGGAUGUUGUGAGGCCCAAAAUGGCAAUAGUAAACAGAAUUCUCUGUUGGGCCCAGAAUUUGUGGAUUCGUUAGAGCCCCCAUCUUUUCCAAGCUUUGAGUUGGCUGCAAUAGCCAGGGAUAUAAGUAACCUUGCUUGGCUCAAGAGUGGAUUGGAGAAUAACAAUGUGAGAGUCAUGGGUGAAACAGCUAGCAGGAUAACACCUCAUGGAUCUGGACAUCUUGAAGAUAGCAGAAUUAGCGGCUGCUUAUCGAGCUGAGACGGGAGCAUGGGUUAGCUCUACUUUUUACAAAUGAGUACGCAGAAAAGCCAUAGCUCUACUAAUAUUAAUGAAAAUGGUGAGAUUUCAUUUCAGAUCCUCACUCCUCACACUAUGUAAUAUAUACAGAAACUAAUACUAGUUUGUAUUUCUAUGGCCGAAAGAUUUAUAACUCCUAAGAAUAAUAGGAACUUGCUUAGUCUCAAUGCUUUCCUUCUAUCUAGCAAAUGAAGUGUCCAUCUUACUUUACCAAUUUCAGGCAAGACAACCCCAUAAAUUGUUCCCUACAUAGAUAGCUUAUUAAAAUAAACUAUCUUUCUCUCUCU